AUGGUCGGUCACAGCCGCCGCUCCACGGCAACUGCACUGACUGUCGCUACUUGCCGCAACUUCCGGUCAAUGCCGUACAGUAACCAGGGCGCAGGUCAUGGCCACAGUCACUCACUCUUCAAUGGAGGAAUUCCUGGACUAAAUCAUGGACAUAGUCAUGGAGAGCAUGGACACAGUCAUGGACACAAAUCUGUACAUAGCCAUAGCCAUAGCCAUAGCCAUGGACAUUCCCAUUCUCAGGAGCACAGUUACGAAAGUUACCAGUGUGAUACACUAGAAGCAAAAGGAUCCAAUAAACAGAUUUUAGAAGGAGUUUUUCUGCAUAUUGUUGCAGACACACUUGGCAGUAUAGGUGUAAUAAUAUCUGCCCUUCUGAUGCAGAACUAUGGCCUUAUGAUAGCAGAUCCUAUCUGCUCUAUGUUGAUUUCCUCCCUUAUAGGAGUAAGUGUUAUUCCACUCUUAAAGCAAUCCAUUGGGAUUUUAAUGCAACGUACUCCUCCAGCUUUGGAUCACGUACUGCCCCAGUGCUAUCAGCGGGUUCAACACUUGCAAGGAGUUUAUAGUAUAAUUGAUCCUCACUUUUGGACCUUGUGUAGUGAAGUCUACAUCGGCACAGUAAAGCUCCUGGUAGCACCUGAUGCAGAUGCACGAUGGAUUUUGAGUCAAACACACAACAUUUUCACUCAGGCAGGAGUAAGACAGCUUUACGUCCAGAUUGACUUUGCAGCUCUGUAAGAUUGUCUUAAAAACUUGAGUCCAAACCCUUGGUGCUGGGACCAAGGAAUAGAUUUAACUGCUGUUGGGUUGCUGGAUUGAAACACCACCAUACAAUGUGCUUGAUAUCAACCGAGAACUAUUUAUUUGCAAUUGUGGAAGGUUCUUCUCAAAAAGAGUUGAGAAACAGUGAAGUAAUCUACAUAAUCACUACCCACUAGAUCUGGAGCCACCUUUUAUGUCUAGACCUGAAGUGUCUUAUUUCAUCUUGACUUUUUUUCAAGGAAUAAUAGCCCAGUCAGCGUUCUGGUGUAUGAUGAACCAAGCAUCGUGUUGGUAUAAUCCUGCAUCCUGUUUGGCAGAUAUGUUCCCACAAUUCCUGCUAUUCCUGUUCUUGUAAAUAUUGUUGUCCUGACUAUCAUUCUACUCCAUGAUGAUUAUUUUCUAAUUUGUUGUACACUAUACAUGUUGAAUGAGAUGAACCAUAUUCAGUUUCUGAAGUGCCUUUUUCCAGUGGACAUGAAUUAAUAUUGGAAGGAUAGAGAGUGGAUACUGGACUCAUUGGGACAUAUUUUAUAAUCAUUGACCAGUAGUGAGCAUCAUGGUGAUCAGCAUGGUUCUCAUGGAUUUUAAGUUUUUCUUUUGAAAUGAGGGGAUGUUGGGAUGUGAGCAAGCUUAUCCUUUUUUUGUCGUGGUGGGAUACAGGUAAUAUUUUCAAUACCAUUCAUACUCAUGCUAUUCAUUAUAUGCUGAUGGAUAAAAAGGAAUUCCACUUGCAUCGUGGCAAUUUUACACAUGGAUGAUUGAUGUGUGUUCAUCCUGGAUUGGGCUGGGGUUGAAAAUGUACACUGUGGCAGAGGAUCCAUGCACAGUGGAUCUUAUCGGAAAACAAAUAUUCUUAUCGUAAAAAUGUUAAGAUUUUUAAAAAAGUCCUCUGCUCCUACUUGGACUGUUUGUUUGCAGGUGAUCCGCUCUUGGGUAAAAUUCAGUAAAACUACAGUUUUAAACCCUUGGGGGGAAAAAAAAAAGCUUUGUUAACUAGCUCUACAAGGCAAAAUUCUGCAGAUGCUGGAAAUCUGAAAUCUAAACAGAGAAAGUACUGGAAGUACUCAACAGACCAGACAGCUUCUGUGCAUUAAGAAACAAUGAAUGCUUUCAGCUGGUUACCUUUAGAAACUGAGAAAGAUGCUGCCUGGCCUGCUCAGUAUUUCCAGCCUUUUCUGUUCACAUUUAUAAAUUGGUUAGCUAACUUUAGAUUCAAAGAGGGACUUUUUUUAUUAUGCCAGACACUUGCCAGAAGGAAUGGGUAUGUUGUGAGUUGAUGUAUUUAGUGAAUGGUUUCUUAAUGUUUGUGCUGGUCUACUUUAAACAGGUAUUGUGGACCAACCAAGUGUAGAUUUUUUUGCUCUCAGCAAGAGCUUGGAUAAUCUGGUUUCUUCUUCAAUAGAUUGUAACUGUAAAGAGGCAGUGGGAGGACUGUGGUCCUAAUGGAACUUAACUGAGGUUAAGUUGCAAAGUAAUGAUGAAAAGACUAAUGAAAAAUCAGUGCCCAGUGGUCCAUCAGGAGAAAUUGCCCAGAAUUGUGUUGCCCCUGUAUCACUGACUUGGAGUAUGUCAGAAUUCCACAAGUGAGUGAUAGUGAGGUGCAAAGCAAAAGACUGCAAUCUGCUUGCAAUCGAGAAACCAGACAAAGCUUUUUUGUUUCAGCUGUUUCGACAGUGAGUGAAAUCUACUGUAAAUUAUUGAAAUUCAUCCGGCAAUUAAACUGUUCGGUGAAGUCAGCUGCAUAAGGAAAUGAAUUUGGAAUAUGAAGCAGUAUCUUGCAACAGUUGCCAAAUUGCAUUGUUCAAGGCAAAUGUUUACAGCUUGGAAACCUUGAUAAUGAUUUAACUGUUUACACACAAGCUGUAAUCACUUCCUGUAUGACUGUGCAGGAUAAAUUCAUGGUACUGCACAGAUAUUCCCUUCUCCCUCCCUUGCCCAGACUCUAUCUGUAAAACAAUUAUGUGAUUUGUGAAGUUCACGUCAUUGCAGGUCUGUAUCUCUCAAUUUACAAGCUACAAGUUAAGUGUUCACUUCCCAAAAUGUGAAUAACUCCUACACAGGGUAACAUUAUCUGAUAAACCUCAAUAAAUAAAUACUUCUGCAUCAAAGCAAAAGUAUUUAUAUUGUUUUGAGAGGGAAUUGUCGCUGUUCUCUUUAAACAAAAUAGCUACUGUGUUGGGUGUAGAAUGCAUUGUUGCUGCUUCUGGGAACAUUUCCAACAUUAAAUCAAAGGGGUCUUUGUUUUGUACUAAGCCUUUGCCUCUACCCAUAAGUUAAUUGGGCAUUUGAGGAGAGAAGAGAGUUGUAUUAUUUUAUUUGAAAGAAGGGUUGUCAGACUUUUUUUCAGUUUCGCAGCUUUGAACAGGACUGUCUGAAAUCCCACCUGGCAAUCUUGAGCUGUUCAGUAGUUUUUUUGAGUUGAUUUUAAAUAUCAUAAAUCUCUUGAAGGUCUGAAGAGGUUCAGUACAGUAUUUUAAUAAUUUGAAAGACUUGUAAAUUUCACCAAAGCAAUUUGAAGUACGCACAACUAUGAAGUAAAGUCUCUACAGUAAACUGUCUUUUCAAUCAACUUGUCAGACUUAUAGAAAUAUGCAUAAUAAAUAUUUUGACAACAUCAUUUUGUGCAAGUUUUUAAAGCUUUCAUUUUUAUUUUCCCUUGCAGGAAUGAUCAGCAUUAACCAGCUCCUUCUGAUUUAAUGCUAAGUUACAGAACAUUACUCCCUAUUAUUUCAUCACAUACUUUUACUGAAAUUCUGGGAUCACUGAUCUUAACGUUAGGACAAUAACUUGUGGCCAAUUGGUGAGCUCAGGAACUGUAACAUAAUGUAGUUAAGCUCCGUAAAUCUAUUACCAUGCAAGUAUUUUUGAAAAAGUAUGCGUUGUUUUCAUUGUCAGUUAAACAAACUGUCCCAUCUCCACUUUAAAAAUUGUUUUUUAAAAUAAACAAACCUCUUGUGACUGUCCAUUGUGCCUGUACUGAGACAGCAGUUCUCUCUCAAGUUGAUCAAGGAAAAAUAAAUAUGAAGAUACAAUCUGUACAUAAGUUAA